AUGGCCAACUACCUGACAGGCAAGCUGAUAGCUACCAAUGAAGACUAUAAACUUCUGGAAAAUAUGAACAAACUGACUAACUUGGAGUAUCUAGAAAUGAAAGAUAUUGCAGUAAACAUAAGUGGAAAUCUAAAGGACUUAAGCCAGAAAUAUGCAGCACUUCAGCCUUAUCUGGAUCAGAUCACUUUAAUUGAGGAGCAAGUAGCAGCUCUUAGGCAGGCAGCUUACAAGUAG